AUGCUCGCGCUUUCAGUAGUUAUGGUGGCCAGUCUAAUACAGUCUACACGUACUUUUAUGACAGACCAAGCAACCAUCAUUCGUCCUACACGCGAAGAAACAUGGAAGCGCUUCGGGAUAACCGCGGCCGGAGUCGCUGGGGCGGUUGUCGUGACUAACAUGUUCCUAAACCGCGAAACAAAUGAUGGGUUAUCGCCAGCAGAGAAGUCAUACCUGCACGAGACAUUCCAGUAUACCGGCGGAGGACUUGUACUUACGGCUCUGGCUGCACGAACCAUGUUUAAGAACGGUUUUGCAUUCAGAAUCAUGUCCGCCAACCCAUGGGUCGUUCUUGGUGUCAGCCUUGCUGGGUCAAUUGGGUCCAUGCUCGGAGUAUACUACACUCCUCCGGAGAAAACAUUCCAAAAGCAUGCUUUCUGGCUUGCCUUUAACGCUUGUCAAGCCGCAACACUCAGUCCACUCUUCUUCGUAAACCCAGCCAUCCUUUCGAGAGCUGCCCUGUAUACGUGUGGGGUUGUAGGAUCACUUUCAUACGUUGGCGCUACGGCAAGGAACGACAAAUACUUGUAUAUGGGCGGUCCUUUGUUAGCCGGCAUCACUGUUGUGGCGCUUAGCUCACUCGCACCUAUGGCCCUCCCCAUGGGCAUGCGUAGCCUCGCUAUCGCCGAAGCAAUCUCAUUGUAUGGUGGCCUCGCAGUUUUUAGCGGCUUCGUGCUCUAUGACACCCAAAAGAUUCUGAACCACGCACGACUGGCCGAGCAGGGUCUUGUUCGUAAGGAUCCCAUGAAAGAAUCCAUCAGUCUUCAACUCGACAUGAUCAAUAUAUUCAUCCGCCUUGUUCAGAUUCUGGGAAUGCGCUCAAACAACAGAAAAUAA